GUAGUUUCUAACGUAAUGUCGCACUGAGGGAACACCACGCGACAACUGUAGACAAGAUGGCGACUGCGGUCUGUGCUCGAUGUGUAUGUUAAGUUAAGACACCGCUGGUAGAGAAACAGGUAAGCCAUGCCCUGGGAGAAGGUAGUUGUACCACUGGCUGCCUUCACCAUGAUGAUGUGAAGUGGGCAUGACUGACUGUGAUGGACAGGUGUAAGCACGUAGGUCGCUUGAGGCUUGCGCGGGACCACUCCAUCCUGAACCCGCAGAAAUGGCACUGCGUGGACUGCAACACCACCGAGUCUGUCUGGGGGUGCCUCAGCUGUUCGCACGUGGCCUGCGGACGCUACAUAGAGGAGCAUGCACUUCAGCACUUCCAGGAGCAGCACCACCCUUUGGCCCUGGAGGUGAACGAGCUGUACGUUUUCUGCUACCUGUGUGACGACUAUGUGCUGAACGACAACAACACAGGUGAUCUGAAGCUGCUGCGCAGUACGCUUAGCGCCAUCAAGAGCCAGCGCUAUGAGGUCACCACACGGAGCGGACGCACCCUGCGCUCUGCCGCAGCCCCGCCUGAGCAGCCAGGUCCUAGCAACACACGAGAGCUGCAGCUGCGGGACGAGGACCGCAUGUUUACAGCACUGUGGCACCGGCGCCGGGCCCUGAUGGGCCGCAUCUUCCGCGUCUGGUUCGAGCAGACAGACCUCGGGAAGAAGCGCCUGGAGGAGGCGCGCCAGCAGGAGGAAGAGGAGGAGAGGAAGCGUGAGGCUCGAGAAAGGAGACUUAAACUAAAGCGGCAGCUGAGGGAGGAGCUUGAGAGCGCUCCACCCCGGAAAAGCCACCGUAUCCGGAGGCAGAGCCAGAAAGUGUCCACUGUCGUUACUGGACCAGCCAAGCCAGUUAAAUCUGUCAAACACAAGCCAGCUCCUCCCCCUGCUGUAAGGACUCCUAAGAGAAAAACGCCUCAAAGGAGGCCACCGCCCCAAACCAAGGCCAAACAGACUCGAGCUCCGCCCUCAAAAUCGACGGGGGACUCGCCUAUCAAACGGCGGCCCACCGUCACGCCAGGUGUGACUGGCCUGCGCAAUCUUGGCAACACGUGCUACAUGAACUCGAUACUACAGGUUUUGAGUCACCUGCAUGUUUUUAGGGAAUGUUUUUUGAGACUGGAUUUGAACCAGGCCCUGGAGUUGCUGGCCUCCGCCGUCAGCCGCAAGCUGGGGCUCUCGGCUCAGCACAGCACUCAGCCCAAAGCUUCUGGACCAGGCUCAGGGCUCAGCGGCGGGGCAUCUCGCUCACGGAGCAUGGAGCUCAUCCAGCCCAAAGAGCCCAGCUCCAAACACAUCUCACUCUGUCAUGAGUUACACACUUUGUUCCAGGUAAUGUGGUCAGGGAAAUGGGCCCUGGUGUCUCCCUUCGCAAUGCUUCACUCAGUAUGGCAGCUGAUCCCGGCGUUCCGAGGCUACGCACAACAAGAUGCGCAGGAGUUCCUGUGUGAACUCCUGGAUAAGGUCCAACAUGAGCUAGAGCGAACUGGAACGCUAACACCCGCCACUGUGCCAGCCAAUCAGAGACGGCUCAUCAAACAGGUGCUCAGCGUGGUCAACACCAUCUUUCAUGGCCAGCUUUUGAGUCAGGUGAGGUGUUUGUCUUGUGAUCACCGCUCUAACACAGUGGAGCCGUUCUGGGAUUUGUCGUUAGAGUUCCCCGAGCGCUAUCACAGCAACAGCAAGGAUGCUGCUCAGGUUCCAUGUGGGCUGACGGAGAUGCUGGCCAAGUUUACAGAGACUGAGGCUUUAGAGGGAGCCAUUUAUGCUUGUGAUCACUGCAACAAUAAGCGCCGGCGGUUCUGCUCCAAGCAAGUUGUUCUAACAGAAGCUCAGAAGCAGCUAAUGGUCUACAAACUGCCUCACGUUCUACGACUGCACCUCAAACGCUUUAGAUGGUCUGGUCGUAACCACAGGGAGAAGAUUGGUGUUCAUGUUAAGUUUGAGCAGGAGCUGAACAUGGAGCCAUACUGCUGCAAAGACUCCAACACAUCGCCACGGCCCCAACACUUCCUCUACCAGCUCUCUGCUGUUGUGAUGCACCAUGGGAAGGGCUUUGGGUCAGGCCAUUACACAGCUUUCUGCUAUAACACAGAAGGAGGAUUUUGGGUGCACUGUAAUGACUCGAAGCUGAGUGUGUGUGCGGUGGAGGAGGUGUGUAAGGCGCAGGCCUACAUUCUCUUCUACACCCAGAGAAGCUCUCAGGACAAAGGCAAGGCCAGCGACCUCUGACCCCUACUCCGCAGCCAGCCAGCCACAGAGACAUUGUAUUGUAUAUUCUGUUGAUAUGAUGGUGAUGUUAAGACAGUUAGUCUGCACGCGUGUGUGUGUAUGCGUAUGCAGGCGUUUCUGUAUCUGUAGUAGCAGCAGCAGCAGCAGCAUUCAGCCGUUGUGGAAAUGCUCUUAAUGCCUUACACAGAUCUUUGGCAGUUGGCACUCUUGCAGUGAUUGUAGCUGUGUGUACGUGUGUGUGUGUGUGGUGUACGUGCGUGCGUGUGUGUAUAUAAGAGAGUUAAGUAAGAGUCAAGAUGUCAGUUCUAGCAUUAUUGCAGCUUGUUUUUGAGUCUGAGAGGGUCUUUUAAUUUUGUUUUAAUUGUAAACUUUAACGCAGUUUUUUUUUUUUGCUGAAUACUGCCCACAAACCAAAGUGUAGAAAAACACAACUUUUGAAUGUCGACUGUUUUAUCUGAUUUGCUUCAGCCCUCUUUACAAAGGGACAAAGUUGCAAAAGGCAUCACUGUGAUGUCAGUAUCACAGAAGUGUGUGUGUUUGAUUGUGUGUGUGUGUGUGUUGUUUGAUUGUGUGAAACUGACAAUAUUCCCCUCCCAGUCCCCUUAUAAAGUGCCCUGCCAUGUUUGUAGACCAGUUCUUUAAGUCUGUUCUAGUGUUAUCAGCUCCUUUUGAGUAUUUGGAGCAUGACUAAAUGAUUCAGGAUUGUUUUCUUUUUUAUGUUUAGACUUUCCAGAAUGUACUUUUAUAUACUCAGUUCUUGGGUAAACAAGAUUUUUUAUUUUUUUACAAAAGAAAAUGAUUUUAGAGAGAAAAAAAAAACUGUUGUCACCAGCAAAGGCAAAAUGUAUGCUGUAUGUACAUCAUUCACCUGUAUGUAUGAUUUUGAGUAUGUGUGUUUGAGUGAGUGAGGGAGUGAGUGAGUAAGUGUUUUAGUAGCUGAUUGGAUGCAUUUUGUCACUGUUGUGGUUAGCGCCUUCUCUAUGUAGGUGUGUUUGAGUGUGUUUGUGUGGAUGUGUGAGGAAGGAGGUAGUUCUUCUUGGUUUUGAAUCUCUCGCACACCCCUCGGAAUCAUCUGCCUCUGUAUCCGGUUCUUUUCAGUCCACAGCUCACCACUUUUCAGCAGGUAUAGUAAAACUAUGCAAAUUGUUACCUCAAUUUAUAGAGAAAUUUACCUCAAUAAAAUAAUAUUUUUGCAUUUUUCUAGAAAAGAAAACAGACAAAAAGAAAACAAGA